CCGGCUUCGCCUUUCAUUAUCAAUUUUCCUAUAUUCGUUUGCACUUGUAAUCGCACCAUCAGUUACAUAUUCUCAACUAUUAGUGAAGAACCAGAUAACAGGUUAACAUCGUAUGUCUGGAGACAACAGAUUCGAAUAGUUCAUACGAUACAUAGAGGAGGCCGAAUGUGCUUUGGAGCUGAGUCAUUAUAAUAAUCGCGCCUUCUUAUAUAUAACUAUACAUUCUUCUGCUCGAAUAAUUAGUACUAUUUCAACUUUAACACAGUUAUUUCGUUGGAUUUGAGAAUCAUGCCAAAGCCAAUAUUAUACGGAAUAUACGUUAGUCCUCCGGUACGGUCAGUUCUUUUAGUUGCGAAAGCAAUCGGGCUGGAUUUAGAAUUUCGUGAAGUGAAUCUAGCGUUAGGAGAAAACAAAACGCCUGAAUAUUUAGAGAAAAAUCCGCAGCAUACCGUGCCCACUUUAGAUGACAACGGCAACAUUAUUUGCGAUAGUCACGCAAUUGUCACCUACCUUAUUGGAAAAUACGCCAAGGACGAUUCUCUUUACCCGAAAGAUCUAUAUAAAAGAGCCUUAGUCGAUCAACGAUUGCAUUUUGACUCAGGGGUACUGUUUGUUCCGCUAAUAGCAAUUGUAAAACAGGUUCUCUAUCAGAAUAAUCCGAAUAUUCCUCAAGAGAAACUAGAUGACCUCAGUGAAGCCUAUGGUUUCUUGGAUACUUUCCUCACUAAGAGUCAAUAUCUAUCUGGACCAUCGAUGACGAUUGCCGAUUUAUGUUGUAUUACAACGAUCUCAGUGACGGAAGGGUUGGUUGCUGUCGAUCCGAAAAAAUAUCCAAAUCUGUUUGCAUGGAUGAAAUGCAUGGAAAGUUUGCCGUCCUACGAAGAGAUCAAUGGCAAACACGCUAAGCAAUUGAUCGCGAUCGUUAAUGACAAAAUUACAGAAUUGAAAAAGUAGAACGGUCCAAAGAAUGAGGCAACUCCAACGAAAGUGUGCACUUCCUGGAUUUCGUCAUCAACUGUAUGUCAAAAUUUAAAUAAAAGUUGUUGUUUUCAAA